GGCUUGUAUACGCCCACGAACAGAACUUCCAGCUGCAGUACUGGCUCGGAAAGUACAGCACAAUUGAACACGACUUUGUGCGACCAGAAUUCCAGCAAAACGAAAUCUUCAAAGAGAGCAGACGGGAUUAAAUGCAAGGGACCAGGUGACUCGAAGAAUAGAUCGGAAACUUUAUCCAGUGAUGCAUGUGGCAGAAUUGCCUCAAAAUUGGAUUCGACGAUAUUACGUUGUUCGUGCAAAAUAGCUAUGGAUGCAACUGAGUGCAAAAAAUCCGGAAAUCCUUCAGAGGAAGCCGGUGGAAAUCUUGCACAAACAGUGAAGCUGAAAACUGUUAAUGUGAAUCCCUGGAGAAACGAUGGUGUAAAGACAGCUAGGAUUGUUGAACCCCAUCUGUCAAUCAACGAUGGAGAUAAAAGCCCUAAGAGAAACUUAACUCGUUUGGUUUCACUUCUGCAAGAGUGCAGUGACGUGAAAAGCUGCUUGUCCGCCGGGAGAGAAGGAACCGCAAACAGAACACCAUCAUGCCAAGCUGAUGAUGGUACACCACAACUCACAAGUCAAAAGUUACUCAAACCAGGGAGAAUAGUUUGUUCUCAUGGAGGUGUUUCUCAAGACUGUCAUAUGGGCGAGAACUGUCUGUCUGGAAUUUUACUAGUUACUUCAAAAAUACCUUCAAAUCCUCGGUCUUUUCGGCGACUUCCACUUAUAGAGAAAGUACCACCAAAUAAGGUUAAAUCCGAUUUUUCAAUGCUUGAAAGGGGUCCGAGAUUGUCCACGAUGAAAAAAGUGUGUCACCUUUGCGAGGAAUGCCGGAACACGUUUCGAAAUGUCAGUUCAAGAGUUCACGGUCCUGAUAUGGAAUCGGAAAACCUGACUCGCCUUAAAUAUAAGCUGAAACUAAAAGAGCGGGAGUUGCUGAAUAUGGAAAGUAAUGUUGGUAAAACUCUGAGCUCUAACUCUAAUGAGCUAGCGCGGGAUGAACCAACAAAGUGUAAGCUGGGAGAAAAGUUCACUUUGCCAAAGUUGUACCUCAUGCAUCAUUCCACUGCUACUACUUAUCAUCAAAAGGCGAGAAAAAUGAGAACAAAAAUGACUGAUUCGAUCAUUUCUGCGUCAGAAGAGUGCUCAAAUGCAACAAAACAACGUUGUUACAAGCUGGCAAAGGUAGAGCGGUUGGAUAGCGCGAGCUCUCCUCGAGACAAACUUGCUAAGAACUCGGCGAAAAUGCCUAAGGUAAAAGGACCUUUUUCAGCGGUGCUUAUGCCAACGGCGCCACUGCGAGGGUUCACGCCUCUGUGCUCAACGGAAAGCCCAAUGCUGUGGAGAGAAAAUGAAAGUGACGUCCAAUGCAUCGAGCAAGAAAAAGAAAUGACAAUAGAAGACUGACAACUAGGAGGAAAAAUUAAGGGAAAAGGAGUAGAACAUAUAGUAAAAUCACAACUUGUAGUUAAACAAACAUACAUCAGCUAGAGGGCUUAA